UUUAUUGGCUCACAAAGUUGUUGUUCUUGAUCUCACAGUUUCAGUAUGUUGUACCUUACUUACAUCCGGUAUUUGCUGUGAUAGUGUUUAUCAGAUGGGGGCUUGGGCUAAGGUUCUUGUUUCACUGUACUUUAUGGUAAUGACUUGUAAUACAGGCGGGCUCUGGCAGCAGGACAGGAUGGACGUGGCCGUGGACUUGUACCUGGCCAUCCCGCUGCGCUUCACUGUCCUGACCCUCAUCCUCUCCUCCAUCUUCGUGAGGCUGUGGGGAGCCGAAGGGGGUGGCCGCAGGAGCCAUCGGUGUCUGAACAGGCCCAGAAGAGUGGCCCCGGAGACCAGGAGGCCGGGAGGGGUGGAGGAGGUCAGGGCAGUCGAGGAUGGGAAGGAGGCGGCUGCCGAGCAGCGGGAGGAGGCAGCGGAGGAACCAGGCUCCGCAGCUGAGCCCAGCUCCGCAAUGGCCAAGAGCAUCCCCCGGAAGCUGUCUACCGAGCCCAGCGAGCCCAAGCCCAAGGAAUAUGUCGAGAACAAGAUACCACCUUUGGAAGCCUCAGCUGGAUCCAGCCUCAGGCUCCCGGGACAAGUGGAGGAUGCAGGAGACCACGCAGCAUUUCCCAGCAAGGCAGAGGGGGAAGAUCUGGACUCAGAAAAAGGGAAGCUUGUGGUGAGAGUGUCGGCAAGUACAGCAGCUACACCAGCCCCAGUGACAAGUACAGCAGCAUCAUUUGAGAGUUCUGAAGGUUUUGAAUGGCCUUUGGGUACCCUUGGGACCUGCCUGUUGAUUGUGACGAGGAUCAACAUGUUGGUACACAUACAGAAAGUGUUUUACCCAUUACCAUUUUGUCUGAUCUCAAAAGUUAAGCAGAGUUGGGUUUGGGUCUUGCCUAGGAUUAGAUGAGGAUAUAGGAGGACCAAGAGGUUUUCCCCAAGGCUGGACAGUCAUGAGUGGCAGGGUGUGUGAGACAGUAUGGGCAAGUAUCUAGUCCACUGGGCCCCUCCAGUGCUCUGGAAGCAUCAGAGGUGGAAAGCAGCUAUAUGGAGUCCCCAACGACAAGUUGCAGAAACUGCUGAAGGGGAGGGUGAAUUAUUUUGAGCCUGGCGGGCCCAUGACACUUUAGGCCACCAGGGCAGAGAUACAACAUACAGAUGGACUCAUGAUUGAGGGGUGGACUUAGCAAUGGACACUAUUGCCCAGGUUAUUCAUGAGUGUGAACACUGCACACAGCCUCUCCUGCUUUGAAAGACUGUUACAAGAGACGGAGCCCGAUAUCAUGGACCGAAUGGACUCAGCAGCUUUGUAGGUAUUGGUCCAUGCACUGAGAUAAGAGUGAU